ACGUCCAGUGUGUAGGAACAGAAUAACCUUUCGUGCUGCCAUAUCUGAUCGCGUGGAGGAGGAGGACAUCCUUCAGACUGUCUCACCUACUUUUCCGACUCGCUAGCGACACGGCGAGAGCCAGUAAUCCGAAUGCCCGUAUGUUUCAAUACGUCCUGGAACCUUAGGAUCAAUAUCAGUGGGUCCGUCUCUUGCGGGAUCCAGACCCAAGUCGCCGGUGCGCUUGGAGGAUCGGAACAUCUGGUUAUGCUGUGUUCUUUCAGUGUAUCGUCUGGAACGGUUGGAGACCCUGUGUUGUUUGCGCCGUCUAUUGAUUAUUCUGUUGACACUGUUGAAAAACGAUCAGCGUUUCCCGGACGAAAUACGCUGUGCGUGUGGUUGUGUUCCGAAUAUUGUAGCAAUGGCCGCGACUCCUUUCCUGGCCCUCCAGCUGGUGCUGCUGCUGGCGAGCCGCGCCGUGCCAGUGCUGAGUGCCGAGUUCACCCAUGACCGGAAGAGAAUCGGCCCUCUGGAGUCCGUGCGAGCCGAGUACGGAUGCCUGAAAAAGUUCGAUGUGAGUGAGAAGACGAUCAUUCGGACGCUGGACUCGCAGGAUCUCGGGGCAAAGUUCCUCGAGGAGUCGGACGUAGGCAACAGGGAGGACUGCCUCUCGCUGUGCUGCAAGACUCCGCACUGCAAUGUGGCGGUCUUCGAGGAAAAGGUGAGAGGGCUGGCGACAGGCACUCGAGGCACAGCGAUGCCACGGCCGGGAAAUGCCUUCCGAUCGCGGCAUGACUUAGGCUUUCCUAUCUCCCUAUUCUCUCAGCAGCUUUAG